AUGCAGCAUGUGUUCAAUAGACCCUUUGCGAAGUCUGGGCAACAAAGAUAUGGAGUGCCAGGAGGCAAGGUCCCGUUCGGCGGAGCCAUGCGAUCCGGCGCAGCCCAGGACGCUGAGAGCAAGGAGGGCGACGGGGUUGACCGUCCAGAGCUGCCGCCUUUGCCAGAGGUCAUUCCUGCGGCAGCGCUCAACCCGGCGCCGAUGGCCCGUCCGGGUGCCAUCAACCCCAAGCAUUUGGGCCAGGCACUUGCACAGGCAUUGGCGCAGAAGAACGCUGAGAAGGAGCGGCAGAAGAAGGGCAUGGGUGCGGUUGGCACGAUGCCUCUCCAGCCCGCAGGAGGCGUUUCGAAGGACGAAUCCAAGACAAGCCCUGCGAGACCUGCCGGGCCUGCGGUCCCUGCGAAAACUCCGGUCGUGGUGCCCCCACGGGUACGGGACGUACCGAAGCAGCCGGAGCUCGUCUCUCCGAAGGCGGGACACUCGGCGGCGAUAAGGCCGCCCAACGUCCAUGUCCAGGUUCACGUGCCACAACGCCGUGGCGUGUCGACGAUCCCACCGAAGGGCAGUCCACCACCGCCAGCGCCGGGACCUAUCCCGCAUUCGCCUGGCAAGGCAUAUGCGGAUGCAACUACGGCUGAGGCGCUAGCAGUCGCAGCAGCAUACAGUCAAGCAGCUGCCGCCACGUCUCCAGCUUUAGCAGCAUACACGGAGGCGGCCGCUGCUGAAGCAUUAGCAGCAGCAUACAGAGAAGCAGCUGCGGCCAACGCAGCUCCGGCAUUAGCAGCGGCAUACACGGAGGCAGCCACGGCUGAGGCACUGGCAGCAGCGUACAGGGAAGCAGCCGCCGCAAAUGCAGCUCCUGCGUUAGCAGCUUACACGGAGGCAGCAUCCGCCGAGGCAUUAGCGUCGGCAUAUGCAGAUGCAGCGAAUGCUGAGGCGCUAGCUGCGGCAUACCGGGAAGCGGCUGCUGCGAAUGCAGCUCCCUCUUUAGCCGCAUACACGGGUGCAGCCACGAGUGAGGCACUAGCUGCGGCUUACAAGGGGGCUACUGCAGCAAAUGCGGCUCCGCAAUUGUCCACCGCGGACUUUCAGUCGGCUACGAAUGAGGCAUUGGUAGCAGCCUACACGGAGGCAGCAACAAAUGAGGCAUUGGUAGCAGCAUACAAGGAGGCAGCCGCAGCUAAUGCAGCUCCACAGCCGACAGCAGCAUACAGUGAUGCAGCAAUGACGGAAGCACUAGCAGCAGCCGUAGCAGCAGCAUAUGCAGAUGCAGCCGUGUCACCUGCAGCAGCAGCUACGACUGCCAGUGCAGUGCCAGCAGUGGACAUACCCGCGAAAGAGGCUUCGGAUGCUACGGCGACUGAGCUUCCGCCGAUGAUUGUGGCGCCCGAAGCAGCUGCGCCUACCCCUCCGGCCGCUCCGGAGCUUCAUGCUCUUCCUGGCCUUUCCGCAGCGAGCGGAAGCGCCACAGCUGGGAUGCCCGCCGAGGCUCCUUGGCGGUUGCAGAAGGAACCGGGCCCUGGAGGUGCUCCAGCGAAUUCUGCAGCUCUGCCUUUGGCACCCGCACCUCCGACUCAUGGGGCACCUGCGCCGGUGGCCGCGCCUGUGACACCUGUGCCCACUGUGCCGACUUCGGUGCCGCCGAAAUCUGAGGAAGCUCUCCGAAGAGGUCAAGGCGUGGCAGAGGCACCGGAAGCUGCCGUGGCCGUGGCACGUCCCAGUCCCGGUGUCAGGCAGCCCGAGAAGCAAGAAAGACGGAAAGCAGAGUCAGCUUACGCAGCACUGGAAGCCUUCAGCCAGAAGGAAGCUGUGGGCACCGGCACAGCGCCGGCAGUGGCAGUGCAGCCAGCAGGUGCCGUCAAACCGGCGGCUGCCGAAGCUACGGCCGCUCGUGCACAGAGAAUAGCUGAGUCAAAGCUGGAGGCGAAGGCCGUCGAAAGCAAGCCGGCGUCGCUUCCACCCCCCUCCACGGCUCGAAAAGAGCUGCCGGAUGUGGUGGUCCUGGCCUCCACGCCGGUGACCGAUACCCCGGUGACCGACACACCGGUCACCACUCUGCCUGUCUCCUCGCCCCAGGCCAAGCCUGAGGUCGUCGAAAGCAAGCCGGCCAAAGCAGCGCCGGCGAAGGCUCAGAAAGAGCCCCUUGAUGUGACGGUCGUGACUUCUACUCCGGUGACGACCACGCCAAUUAGCAGUGCUCCAGCGGCGUCGGCUUUUGCCAAGCCCGAGGUGAAGACCGUUCCGUUGGGCACGCACAAGGAACCGGUAGUGCAAAGCGUGGCUUCAUCGCCUCCAGGCCAGCCAGGUGCCGACAAACCGGCGCCUGCUGAGGUCUCCGUGGCUCAUGCCAAACGUCCAGGGCCAAGGGCCCUGCCACAGCCAAAGCCGGUGCUCUUGGAGGGCAAGGCCGUCGAAAGCAAGCCGGCGUCGCUUCCAGCCGCCUCCACGGCUCGAAAAGAGCUGCCGGAUGUGGUGGUCCUGGCCUCCACGCCGGUGACCGAUACCCCGGUGACCGACACACCGGUCACCACUCUGCCUGUCUCCUCGCCCCAGGCCAAGCCUGAGGUCGUCGAAAGCAAGCCGGCCAAAGCAGCGCCGGCGAAGGCUCAGAAAGAGCCCCUUGAUGUGACGGUCGUGACUUCUACUCCGGUGACGACCACGCCAAUUAGCAGUGCUCCAGCGGCGUCGGCUUUUGCCAAGCCCGAGGUGAAGACCGUUCCGUUGGGCACGCACAAGGUGCCUAUCCAGUCGUCGGUGGCAGCGGCCAAACGCCCUGGACCCCGAGCUCUACCACAGCCGAAAUCGGUUCCGGUAUCGGAGCUAAAGGUCACGGCCACUUCUCCACCUGCUAAAGCGGAGGCAAAGUUGGCAGCUCCUGCUGCCAAGGCUCCCACCGCCCGUCGGCGCUUGGAGGAUCCUGGGCAGGUGGCGCCGCCGAAGCGGAUCUUCGAUUGGAGCCUGCUGGCCAAGAUCGAUUCGCUCUUGCUGGGGGCAGAGUCCAGCUUCUUCCUACACCGCCGAGACGAUGGCCUUCGGCUUCCGGGAUACGAGCCGGAGAACCUCGAAAGCAGCGGAUCGGAAGAAGAUGAGGAGGAAGCAUGUGAGAGCGACGAGUCCGAGGAGUCAGACACCGCAAAGAUUCUGGCAGCGCCAGGACCGACAGAUGCAGACUUGCAGGACGAAGAAGAGGAGGAGUUUGAGGAGGAAGAGGAGGAAGAGCUUGAGGAAGAUGAUGUUGUGGAGGAGGUGGACAAAAACGAUGCCAUGGCUGCCGUGGUUGCUACCACCCGGCCGAAGGCCAAGAUGCCUCCCCCGCCGCCAAGCCGGGAGGUGUCCGAACCGAAGGCUCCGGCACUGUCUACCAGGGCCAAGCCGCCACCACUUCCCCGGGAGCGCCGGCCGAAGCUGGGUGAGCGGCGGGAUCAGGAGCUGGAGGAGCCGCCAGCUGCUGCUCCCGAAGUGGAGUCCAAGGCGGAGGACGAGGAAGUUGUGCACGAGGAGGAUGAGGAUUUCAACGAUGAGGAGAUGAUGGCCACCUUUGCUGCCAAGCUCCAGGAGCCAGCGGAAGCUGCAGCACCGCCCUUGGCUGCGCGGCGACGCCCUGUGGGUUCCCGGAGCGAGCAGGACUCCGACCAGAAGCCUGCAAAUAUCGCCACAAGAGCGAAGGCAAAGCCGAAGCCUAAAGCAUGGGGGUUGCCGCCACCGCUUUCGGGCAAGAAAAAGGCCAAGGAGGCAGACGCGAAGCCACCUCGGGAACCUGACGUGGAGGCAACCCCUCCCGAGGCUUCGCCGGAGGUGGAGCAACCACCUCCUCCCUUCUUUGACCAGUGGCUGGCGAGCCUGAAGUUCAUUGCUGGGUGGAAUGAUCAGAAAAAGUACGAGGCCUCUCAGGUGAAGGAAGCCUUUAGCGAGUAUCUGGCCGCAGAGGACAUCGUCGGCAAGACCACGGUGGAGCAGCUGUGUCGAACGAUCGUUCCACUCCUGCUGGACCUGGAGAGGGUUGACACCAUGGUCGUUGCGAACCUGAAGACAGAGGUCUUGAAAACGCUGAAGAUCGUGCAGGUGUGCAUCCUGCGCAUCGUCACCUUCGAAAUGCUGCGGGAAGCUUCGGCAAAGGCUGAUGCUGUGCAGAAGAAGGGUCCCAAGGGCAAGAAGGUCCAACCUGAAGUGCCUCCAGAGGGUGCCGCGUACCUCGCGAGUGACAUCACUUCCCUGGCCAAGGUCAUUCAGCACUUUCGCUUUGACCAAAAUUUUUCAAAAGGAGUGCAUGAGCUCAUCGUUGCUUUCCGGAAGCAAAAGGCGGACAAGCCCCGACAAGAGAAAGGCACCGCAGGCGCCCCCAAGGCCCCGCCGCCCAAAAAGCGGCGCGUGGAGGCCGAAGCGACCGACAAGGCCGAGGCGCCGGAGAAAGUGCAGGCGACGGAGAAGCCGCAAGCGCCGGAGAAGGCGCCAGCGGAAGAGAUGGCGCCAGCGCCAGAGCAGGCGCCAGCGCCAGAGAAGGCGCCAGCGCCAGAGAAGGACGCGGUUCCGGACAAGGCGCAGGCGACAGAGAACGUGCAGGCAGCAGAGAAGGACCAGGCGCCGGAGAAAGCCGAGCCGCCGGAGAAUUUGGCGGCAGAAGGAGGAGAGAAGCCGCCACCUGCUGCUGAGGAGGAGAAUGCUGACCAGGAAGGCGAGGGCGAUGCAGGUGGCGAGCCUGCGCGGAAGAAGCCUCGACUCGUUUCCUGA